CCGGGCUGUCACUGCGAGCCUGCAGCAGCCCCGGCCGCGCCCAGGGCUCGGAGGGUACUAGAGCCCGGUCCUUUUGACCCCCCUCCACUCCCCACCAGGGCCCCGCAGAGCAAAAAAGUGUUCCUGGCCACCUUCGCGGCCGUGCUGGGCAACUUCAGCUUCGGCUACGCCCUGGUCUACACGUCCCCCGUCAUCCCCGCCCUGGAGCGUUCCUCCGACCCAGAUCUGCGUCUGACCAAAACCCAGGCGUCCUGGUUCGGGUCCAUCUUCACCCUGGGUGCUGCAGCCGGGGGCCUCAGUGCCAUGCUCCUCAACGACCUGCUGGGCCGGAAGCUCAGCAUCAUGUUCUCGGCAGUGCCCUCUGCCAUUGGCUACGCGCUCAUGGCUGGCGCUCACGGCCUCUGGAUGCUGCUGCUGGGGAGGAUGCUGACAGGCUUCGCUGGGGGGCUCACAGCCGCCUGCAUCCCGGUGUAUGUUUCUGAGAUCGCCCCCCCUGGUGUUCGGGGGGCCCUGGGGGCCACGCCACAGCUCAUGGCAGUGUUUGGAUCCCUGUCCCUCUAUGCUCUGGGCCUCCUGCUGCCCUGGCGCUGGCUGGCCGUGGCCGGGGAGGGGCCUGUGUUCAUCAUGGUCUUGCUGCUCAGCUUCAUGCCCAACUCCCCACGCUUCCUGCUGUCUCGGGGCCGUGAGGAGGAGGCUCUGAGAGCGCUGACCUGGCUGCGCCACACCACCGACACCCAGGAUGUGCGUUGGGAGUUCCAGCAGAUCCAGGACAACGUCCAGCGACAGAGCAGCCGCGUGUCAUGGGCUGAGGUCCGGGACCCCUACAUGUACCGACCCAUCCUCAUCGCCCUGCUGAUGCGCUUCCUGCAGCAGCUGACAGGCAUCACCCCCAUCCUGGUCUACCUGCAGCCCAUCUUUGACAGCACGGCUGUGCUGCUGCCCCCCAAGGAUGACGCAGCCAUCGUGGGGGCCGUGAGGCUCCUUUCUGUGCUGAUUGCUGCCCUCACCAUGGACCUGGCCGGCCGCAAGGUUCUGCUGUUCGUGUCAGCAACCAUCAUGUUCGCUGCCAACCUGACCCUCGGCCUGUAUGUGCACUUUGGCCCCAAGCCUCUGGCCCCCAAUGGCACUGUGGGCCUGGAGAACAUGCCCUGGGGGGACACAGAGCAGCCCCCGGCCACACCCACCAACUACCUCACCCUGGUGCCUCUGCUGGCCACAAUGUUCUUCAUCAUGGGCUACGCCAUGGGCUGGGGGCCCAUCACCUGGCUCCUCAUGUCGGAGAUCCUGCCCCUGCGUGCCCGUGGCGUCGCCUCGGGACUCUGCGUGCUGGUCAGCUGGCUCACGGCCUUCAUCCUCACCAAGUCCUUCCUGCUCGUGGUGAACGCCUUCGGCCUGCAGGUGCCUUUCUUCUUCUUUGCGGCCAUCUGUCUGGUGAGCCUGGUGUUCACAGGCUGCUGUGUACCAGAGACCAAGGGCCGCUCCCUGGAGCAGAUUGAGUCCUUCUUCCGUACGGGGAGGAGAUCCUUCCUGCACUAGGUCAUGACCGCCUGGACCUAUAC